CCCUCUCCGGACGCGUUUCUUCCCCACUCUUAAUAAGGGGAUAGUCGGCUGGCAUGAAUCUUCGGCACGGGGAACCGGUGGUCAUUGGACCGGACAGUGGCUCACACUUCGUCAAUCACAGGUUUAGGAAAUUCCGGACUGCAUUCUCUCAUCCGAACACCCAUGUCCACCGUCGAUUAUUCAGCUCUCGGCUUCAAGAACAUCAUCGCUCGCCUCGAUGGGCCGGUUCUCAUUGUUCUUAUGAAUAGGGCAAAAGAUCGGAACACCUGGAAUCGCCCUCUGCCUUCGGAGCUUCGUCAAGUGUUUGAGCUCGCCGACAGGGAUGACCGCGUUAAAGCUGUCGUCAUGUCCGCAGAACAUACAGCUCCGGCAUACUGUGCGGGGGUCGACAUCUCUGAGGGAUGGAGCUUGCUCUGGGACCCAGAAGAGACGAAGGAGGGCCCUCUUGGCCACCGCGACUCUGGUGGGAAGACCUCUCUAGUCAUCUACCGCUGCCGCAAGAUCACUAUUGCCGCAGUCAACGGGCACGCUGCUGGUGUGGGAAUGACUACUAUGCAGCUGCCAUUCGAUUUCCGCUUCAUCUGGAAAGGCGCCAAGCUCACAUUCCCUUUUGUUCGGCGCGGUAUCGUUCCAGAGGCGACGUCCUCGUAUCUUCUUCCACGUCUCAUCGGCCAGUCGCGCGCCAUGUCACUCAUUCUGAGCGGCAGCACAAUCAGUGCCGACUCGCAUCUCAUUAGCAGCCUGUACCACCAAAUCUUCCCUACCCGCGAGGAAGUGCUUCCGGCCGCCGUGGCCUUCGCGCAUGAGCUUGCUUCCAAAACAUCUCAGGUGUCGAUUGCCGUCGCGAAAGGGUUGAUCCAGCAUCCUGGGGACUCGAUCGAAGAGAACCAUUUGCUUGACUCGCGUGCGAUGCGCGCAUUGGGCGCGUCACAUGAUGGCGAGGAGGGUGUGCGUGCGUUCAUGGAGAAACGGGAGCCCAAAUUCACCAG